UGUUUAACUUUCGCCACAGCUCACAAAGUGCGAACCAUUUACUACCUUACGAUCUUUAUUUUAACAGGUGUAAAUUUUCUUAAGAAUGCAAUGAAUUUGAUUCUGUAGUAAUAGAAAAUCUAGACCGAACUUAAAAAAAUCUGCCAAUAACUGUCAUUCAUAGCAGAAGAAAGGUCCCCACAUGGCCUUGCCAUCAAAGCACAGCCAACACAUUGUACACAGACUAAAGAAUGAUAGACACGUCUCCGAAGAGCCUAAGUUAACAGCUCUGGAAUUAAUGGUACAAUCUUCCAAUAACAUGCAUGUAUAUAAAUGUACAACGAAAGCAAUUCCAUGCACGCAGAAACUUCUCAAUCUAUUGAAUUGGCAAAAUGGUGUCUCAAAAAACAUGCAAAUACAAGAAAUGGAAGCUCUGUGUUAUUGGAGCAGGGCCUGCUGGGCUAAUAGCCGCAAGGGAGCUGAGCAGAGAGGGGCAUUCAGUGACUGUCUAUGAGCAAAAUCAUGAUGUGGGUGGCAUAUGGUUGUAUGAUCCCAGGGUGGAAAAUGAUGACCCCCUGGGAUUGAACCCACACAGAAAGGUCCACAGCAGUUUAUACGCUUCUCUUCGCUUGAAUUCCUCCAGAGAGACAAUGGGCUUUUCUGAUUACCCAUUUGUUGUUAAGGAAGGCAGAGAUGGGAGGAGGUUUCCCGGUCACAGAGAGCUGUUCUUGUAUCUCAAGGAUUUUGCACGGGACUUCAAUUUGUUGCCCCUGAUUAACUUUAAUACUUGGGUGGAGUAUGUGGGUAUGUUGUGUGAGGAGGAUGAGAAUGGGGGUAGAAGGCUGUGGAGUCCUGAAGUAGGGAAGAUAAAUGGAAAGAAUGUUAAAUGGGUGGUGAGAUCCAAGAGGAAGUUGGUGAGCCUGGAAGAAUUUGAAUCAGAGGAGGUGGUUGAGCAGAUUUUUGAUGGUGUGGUUGUGUGCAAUGGGCAUUACACUCAGCCCAGAAUAGCUCAAAUUCCAGGCAUGCAUACAUGGCCAGGAAAGCAAAUACAUAGUCAUAAUUAUCGUGUUCCAGAUCCAUUCUACAAUGAGGUUGUAGUGAUUAUAGGGAAUUCACAAAGUGGUCAAGAUAUCUCAUUGGAAUUGCUUAGUGUGGCCAAAGAAGUGCAUUUGUCUUCAAAGUCUUUGGAUGUCAUGGAGGGAAUACGAAAAAUCCAGGCUAAUCAUCCAAAUUUUUAUCUAAAACCUGUGGUGAAAUCUCUUAAUGACAAUGGACUUGUGGCUUUUCAGGAUGGUUCCUCUGUUAUUGCAGACUCUAUUAUUCAUUGUACAGGGUAUUCUUAUUCUUUCCCAUUUCUUGAUACGAAGGGCAUUGUAACAGUGGAUGAUGAUCGUGUAGGACCAUUAUAUGAACAUAUUUUUCCACCUUUGUUAGCUCCUUCUCUUUCAUUCGUUGGAAUUCCACGCAAGAUAAUAGCUUUUCCAUUCUUCGAGUCACAAUCAAAGUGGAUAGCACAAAUAUUGUCAGGCAAGGCAGUUCUUCCAUCAACAAAGGACAUGAUUAAAACUGUGGAGGACUUCUAUGAACGUAAGGACAUUGCUGGCAUGCCCAAACAUUAUACUCACGAUAUUAAUGAAUUCGAGUAUUGUGAUUGGUUGGCAGAUCAAUGUUGCUAUUCUCGCCUAGAGGAAUGGAAGAAACAAAUAACCUUGGCAACUCUGGCUAAUGCUGAGGCCAAUCUGGAGACAUUUCGAGAUUCUUGGGAUGACCAAGAUUGGCUUGAUAUAGCUCUGUCGAGCCAAUGUAAAUUUUAACUUGCGUAAACAAUGGAUACUAAGUGCUGUACUUAUUGGCCCAUACAGUGCUGCAGCUAUGUUUUGUAAAAUGAGGGUUUCCUAAGAUUUGAGUGAUGACAUUGUAUAGGAUGAAAUUAUUAUAUAUUUGAAAAAAAAUAUAAAAUAUUGUCUA